UGCAAUAUCUCUUCCGUUCAUCAACGAAUGACACCAGCGCGGACGUACACUCUCCUAUCCGCCGCAGGCUCCUACUCGUCCACGACGCCGGGUACGCUGGGCGGACACCGCCGUAGCCGGAUCUACGGCCGCCUUGACUGUCCCUCGGCGCUGCGCGCCAUCGCGCGCGGCGGAUACGUCCAGCACCGCGUGUUCUUUGCGGACGAGUCAACGGCAGUGGAGGCUGGAUACAGGCCGUGUGGGGUUUGUAUGCGCGAGGCGUAUGCGGCGUGGAAGCGGGCAGCGAGGUGACUGCGAUAAAGGCGGGGGAGUCGCGGAAUUGGGAAUGGAAUGAUCGUCUGUUCGAUACGAUAUCAUAUCAGCUCGAGCCUCGGCGUCCAGAACCGCCGGCUGAUGCCCGCCGAGGCCGAGGCUGAUCGCCGAGAACACUCGGUGAUCCGCAUCCUUCGCCGAAGCCACCGGGAUCACCGGGAAAGAAGGCGCGAAUCGACGGAACGACCGCGGAUCGACCGUAUCGAGCAUUGUGCUUCACACGUUGUCGUUCAUCAGUCAUGGUUUCACACCACAAAUGCGCGAGAGAGCUCAUAGGACAAUACCACUGGCGCCGCGGGCGGCCCGCGGUUGCUCUCCCCACUCUCCCCGUUUCAUAGCAUGUCGCACACAAGAGGCAGUCUGUAUGCAGCAUGAUCUGGACUCGGA